AUGGCAGUGAUGGUCUAUGAGGUGAAUCGGGACCAAAAGUUUAACCAACAAAUUGUUAAAGAAAAGAAAGAAAAAGUCCCCGAACCAGUUGUCCUCGAGGAAAGUGAAUCCUCAGAAGUGAAAUUGAUCCCAGAAACACCCAAGGUCGAACAAGUUGUAGAAAAAGAGGAUUCUUCAUCAGAGGAAUCUGAAAGUGAUGAGGAACCUCAGUACAAAAUUGACAAAACCCCAAUCCAAGCGAAACCAGAGGAGUCUUCUGAGGAAGAAGAGGACAGUUCUGAUAUGGAAGUCGAGGAUGCUCCACAAAAAACUGAAGAGUCGGACAGCGAGGAUGAUUCUGAUGAUGAAGAAGAAAAUGUUGUCGGAAACGUUCAGAAAAAUCUACAAGAAAAUGAUGAGGAUGAAACCGAUGAGUUUGAAGAAGAAUCUGACGAAGAAAAGGGGACUCCAGCAGUUGGCAACAUUUUUCAGGACGACGAAGAAAGUGAAGAAGAGGAAAGUGAUGACGAAAAUUCUGAUGUGCCCAACGGUCAGAGGUUGUCGACUGGAGGUGGUCGAGGUGGAUUCAGAGGGGGUUUCAGAGGAGAUUCUGACAGUUUUCGUGGAGGCUUUAGAGGAGGUCAAGGACGUGGAUUCCGUGGCGGUGAUAGAGGACGUGGAGGAAGUUUCCGUGGUGGUGAUCGAGGCCGUGGAGGAAGUUUCCGUGGCAAUGAUCGAGGCCGUGGUUUUCGAGGUGGUGAAAGGGGAAAGAGAACUACCUUUUCAUAA